AUGUUUCUCGGAGUGGAUGAAGAGGUCAUGAAUAUUACUCGGGUUUUUCAAUGGGAAAAAAUUGGGAAUCAGACCACCACGGAACACGUUCUCCAGUUCCAUGUUGGAUCUCCAAAACAUGCCGUUAUACAAAAAUACAUCGGGCGCAUCCACUUCAACCCUCUCAAUGGUUCAUUUCUCUUCAGUAAUCUGACCUCCGCAGACGCUGGCCUUUAUAGACUGUCCAUCAAUCUACGGGCUCGGAUCAUUCGGCAAGUUCGGCUUUGGAUCAUGGAGAGGCUGUCGAACCCAUCAAUAUGGAGCAACGGCAGUUCUCCCGGUGCCACCAUCCAGCUCGAAUGUAACGUGGAGGGAGAUGCUCGUGGAUAUCAGUGGCAGAAAGACGGAAUGGACAUCCCCCAUCCCCACCUGAUAGAGGGGAACAGAAGCCUGGUGCUGCCGCAUGUGGCCAGAAAGGACUGCGCCAUUUACACUUGUACUGCCAGCAAUCCUGUCAGCUCUGUCUCAGCAGAGUACAUCCUCACCAUUCUCGGCCUUCAUCGAAUGGAUAUCAUUGUUAUUGUGGCAUCUACUGUGGGAAUAAUAUUCUCUAUAACAUCGUUGAUUGGAUUGCUGGUACUCUGCAUCAUCGGGAAAGAAUUGCCACGAGCUUCGUUGAAGCAGCACAAACGAUUGUUGCUACUCUUGUUUUCAUCAAACACUAUCUCUCUUGUUGCCAUCUUCAUUGCCCUUAUUUUCUGGAUUGUGAUCAGAGGACCAGCCUCAGUGUCUGUGGUUGCUUCCUGCACUGCAUCUGUCCUCCUGGUUUUCAACCUAUCCUUGGCCAUCACUGUUGGGAACUUGGGCUGCCAAUGCAUCGCGGGCCUCUUGGACUCCACAGGUCUACGGGCCUGGAUGGACGUCUGUGGUAUCGUGAGCUCUUUCCUGGUUCUGGUCACCUCGAUUGUCACUCUCAUUGAAGAAGGUCAGCAGAGCAAACAAGGAUGCUACGAGACUAUUCUAACCUGGAGCAUACUGGUCCCAAUGUUCGUCAUUGUGGUCAUAAUCUUCUUUGCCUUUUGCGCAGUAUGGUAUGAAAAUCGCCUUGCGGUGCUGAGAUGGAGCCUCGCGGGUCAACAGAGCCCGCGCCCAUCGGUCCCUGGGUCUGUGGAGCUUGUGAUUAGGGCCCGGGACACCGCCACGGAGGCGUCCGGAGAGGAAUCGGUGGUGAUACUGGAGAGGUCGGUUCGGCGGUCGAUGAUGGCACUGACUGACUGA